AUGGUUAAGCAUAACAAUGUCAUCCCCAGCGGGCACUUCCGCAAGCACUGGCAAAACUAUGUGAAGACCUGGUUCAAUCAACCAGCAAGGAAGACAAGAAGACGGUUGGCUCGUCAAAAGAAAGCUGUGAAGAUUUUCCCAAGGCCCACAGCAGGACCUCUCAGACCUAUUGUGCAUGGUCAAACUUUGAAAUACAAUAUGAAAGUUAGAGCUGGGAGAGGUUUUUCCCUUGAAGAGCUUAAGGGGGCUGGUAUUCCCAAAAAGCUUGCUCCAACAAUUGGAAUUGCUGUUGAUCACCGCCGCAAGAACCGUUCUUUGGAAAGUCUGCAAACAAAUGUGCAGAGGCUGAAAACAUACAAGGCCAAAUUGGUUGUGUUCCCGAGACGGGCGCGCAAGGUCAAGGCUGGAGACUCAACUCCCGAGGAACUUGCAAAUGCAACACAAGUCCAGGGUUCAUACUUGCCUAUUGCGAGGGAGAAGCCUUCUGUUGAACUUGUGAAGGUCACAGACGAGAUGAAGUCAUUCAAAGCUUAUUACAAGCUUAGACUUGAACGCACAAACAAACGCCAUUAUGGUGCUAGACUGAAGAAGGCUGCCGAAGCUGAAAAGGAAGACAAAAAGUGA